AUGGCCGACCAAACAGAUAUUCUUAGCCUAGUAGCCCAUUUCCUCGAGGAAAACAGCUACUCGCAAACUUUGCGUCAGCUUGAAUCUGAGCAUGGAAAACCUAUUAAGCCGCAAUUGCUCAAUUCAGAAUCAUUAUCACAAAUAGUCAACGACCGAUUGCAAUUCGCUUCGUUGAACAACAAGCGAGAUGACCCCAUAGAUGUGAAUGAAGAUCUUCCUUCGAGGUUAAAGAAGUUGACUGGUGAGCAAUUUGUCAAUUGGACACUGCCCUAUCCACAAAAUCCAACCAAUUUGAAUAUUCAUUCCUUGAUUAUAUCGAGUGCUUAUAGGCAAAGUAACGAAUCAUUGUACUUUGCAACAAACGAUGCACAGGUAAUUGUUGCUAACCGUGGCAGUUUGCGACUGAUCAGGUUCUCUGAAAUUAUCAAAAAAGUGUUGAUUGUUGGAGUGAAUAUUAUCUUGUUAGGAAUGAGUGGCAAGCUUUAUUUGAGGAAUGGAGACUUUGAUGAAAUUGGUACUUAUGACACGCAGACCAGAUUCUCAGUUGACGCGAAGCAUAUUUCCUACAGAGGUACCGACUACACUGUAAUACUAGCGUGGAACAGCGCGCUCAAGCUUGUCAGGUUGGUAGAUGGUGAAUUUACCAUAGUGUCUGAAUUGAAAUUGGAUCAACAAGGUACCUGCUUCGACGUCAUUUCGUACAGGGAGGAGUUGGUGGUUGUGCUAGGCAAACUUGAAAAUACAUUAUUGGACGUCAUAUCUGUACAAAACGAGCAACUCAUACCAAAGUACAAGAUUUCCGUCAAUGAUGCUGAAUUCACCACAUCAAGCUUCUCACCUAGAUUUCUAACGAUAUCUCAAAAAGGCGAAGGAAUUCCGUUGAUUGCAGUAGCAACCUCGCACGAACCCUACAUGAGAGUGAUCAUCACUUCUCUUAUAGAUUACGACUCUCCACCUGCAUCGCUCAUAGCUCGUAAUCAGAUAAUUAAAAACGUGAAUACCCUUUCACCUCAAGAUAAGUUUUCGCAGCCAAUGAUUUCAUGGAGAUUGGACUCUAAUGAAAUGGAGUCAGGGAUUUGGGUUAUGGGUGAAGACGGUACCAUACGUGGCAUAGAUUUAGUUGAUGAUGGUAUCGUUGUGGAGUUGGCUGAGGUUGAUGGCAAAGGUCAUCAAACAAAGAUAAAAGACUUCACCACUUUCAUUGACGGUAAUGGCAAAGAAGUUCUAGUGACUAGUGGCGUAGACCGCCAAACUUACGAAUGGAGGUAA